UUUGAGGUACCAGCGAGUGAAAAUGUCUUAAUAUUAAUGUAUUMUCGCUUUUUUUCUCUUCCCCGGGACGUCAUCUGUUUUAUAUCUGGACGUUACGURAYACUAAAACGAAGGAUAUUUUAAUUUCCUGACUCUAGUUUGAUGUGUGUCACAGAUUAAAGACCUGCGGAUGUAUUAAAGUUAGUGAAAUAACAGGGACAACCAUCAGUUCAUCAUGGAGGACGUCCAUGCCGUCAUGUCCUGGUUUUCCAGUCCUGUGUACAGACGAUACUGGCAGCACUAUCAGCAGGCCAUGGGCUGGUACCAGAGACACAGGCGGGCCUACAGAAAGGCCUGGGAGGCAGCCGGCGGCCCGCUUCACUGGCGGGAAGAACAUCCCAGCAGCCAGCAGCGCUACGCCGACUGGCAGGCCGGAGAGAGCAGUGAGGAGGAGGAGGAGAGCAGCUCAGACAGCGACAUCGAGUGUGACGUCAGCAACAUGGAGAUCAGCGAGGAGCUUCGGCAGUACUUCGCCCACACAGAGAGACACAGAGAGGAGCUGAAGCUGCAGCAGCAGAUGGAGGAGCAGCAGGACAGUUACGUCCCCGCCGACCAGGACCUGCAUGGCGUCUCCUGCCGCAGCAGCGUGGCUCCUCCCUCCGAGCGGUCGGCAGAGAGACGGGCCGCCGAGAUGAAGAAGCUUUAUGGGAACGAUGCCGCCAAGAUCCAGGCCAUGGAGGCAGCGAUGCAGCUGAGCUUUGACCGAAACUGUGACCUGAAGCAGCCUAAAUACUGGCCUGUCAUCCCUCUGAAGCUGUAGGAGAUCAGCUUGGUUUCUAACUGUGGCCGUCUGAGCUGCACAUGUGGAGCUAACAGUCCAGGUUUUAAAUGCAAAAAAGUUACAUAAAUUAGUUCAGCUUUUUMUCAUGUUUCUGCCCUGAACAGAAACCCAGAGAGCGUGAGCUGAGGAUCAGAGCUGCAGUGGACCUGCUGAAUGUAUUCAACAUGUUCCAGUGUGUUUAUGUCUGAUUUGUUGUUGUUUACGUUGAGGCUGGGUCCUGCAGCAGCUCCUUUUUCUGACUGUCACUUCAAUGUAAGCAGUAAAACACGAGUGUCCAUGCAUGGCUGCUUCUGAUUUUCCACUUAACGACAUGCAGUGACUUUGUUUAUAGUGUUAAAUCACAGCCUGACAUCUGUUUGGGUUGUAAGACUUCAGUGUUUGCAGCAGUURAGAGACUAAAGCCGGGCUAACACUGUGAGCUUUGGAUCAGUGCUCACUUAGAGUCCAAAUAUAAAAAGAAGAACUUAAUUUUCAUUUAUUGUUGGAGGGAAAUCUGUGUCGGCUCUUUGUGCCAAACACAACUCUGCAGUCCUGCUUUUAUUAAAUCUGACAUCACACAGCAUGAGCCAGCCUUAAAGUCMUUUUCUCAUUUUUUUAAAUAAAUAGAGUUAUAAUGA